UUACAAUCCUAGGCAUAGCAAGGGCGUGACUCAGACUUGACGGCUGAUCUACCAGCGAGGCCUGUGCAUCAUCAGCCUCCACUCUUGAGUAUGUUCUCUCAGUUAACAUGGUCCCGUCUACCAGCUCUCCUUUGUUUCUCCCGUGUCUUCAUGCUUAUAACUUUUUUCAUUUCUACCUUUUUCCUUUUUUUCUGUGCAUGUCCAUACAGGGACCCAUGUCUGUGACUACACCUACCGCCUACCACAGCUUAUCCUAUAGUAUAAGUAUGAUAUGGGUCAUCUUCACGCCCUGUACUGUAUCCAGGUCAUUUAUCGGGUUCGAAUCGAGAGCAUAUUCAAUCAGCGGAGUUUUCUUCUAGCAAGCUAAACCGUUUCUUCUUCUCUUUCUGACCGGACUGUACAUGAAUGGCCACAUAGAUAGCAUAAGAAACCUAGAUCAUAAUCUUGGCAUGCGAACGGAUAUCUGCACUGUUG